CAGAUAUCCCAGCAGGCCCCGCGAGGCUGCUCUCUGCUCUUGCGUCCGCCGUGUUUCAGUUUCCCCCUGCAACUCAUCACUAUGGCAGAAAGAGGAUACAGCUUCUCUCUAACUACUUUCAGCCCGUCCGGCAAACUGGUCCAGAUUGAAUAUGCUCUGGCGGCUGUUGCUGCUGGUGCUCCAUCCGUCGGCAUUAAAGCAUCAAAUGGUGUCGUUCUGGCUACUGAGAAGAAGCAGAAGUCGAUAUUGUACGACGAGCAGAGCGUUCAUAAAGUGGAACCAAUCACCAAGCAUAUAGGAAUGGUCUACAGUGGGAUGGGUCCCGACUACAGGGUACUCGUGAGAAGAGCCCGGAAGCUGGCCCAGCAGUACUUUCUGGUUUACCAGGAGCCCAUUCCUACAGGUCAGCUGGUACAGAGAGUGGCAUCAGUCAUGCAGGAGUACACGCAGUCAGGGGGAGUGCGCCCUUUUGGGGUCUCACUGCUGAUUGCUGGCUGGGAUGAAGGACGGCCCUACCUCUUCCAGUCAGACCCUUCUGGAGCAUAUUUUGCCUGGAAAGCAACAGCAAUGGGAAAGAACUACGUCAAUGGAAAAACAUUCCUUGAGAAAAGAUACAAUGAGGACUUAGAGCUUGAAGAUGCAAUUCACACGGCAAUCCUGACUCUGAAGGAAAGCUUUGAGGGUCAGAUGACAGAAGAUAACAUCGAAGUGGGCAUUUGUAAUGAAGACGGUUUCAGGAGACUUUCCCCUUCUGAGGUUAAAGAUUAUUUGGCAGCCAUUGCCUGAAACCACCGGCAAAGCUUUCUAUGCGCUUUAUUUUUCUAGUUGUCUGGAGUAAAAUGACUUAAAAUACUGUAUAUUCAGCCUGUCUUUUUUAUUUUUUCUUAAAAAUGAAACCAAUAAAUGGUGAUAAUGCA